AUUUUCCGGAUUAAAAAUGCAAAUAAAAUAAACAUUUUGCUAAAAAGUUAAGGUGCUAUUAAAUUGUGUACACAGUUCGAGGUAAACAUACUAACCAAUGUUGACUACCCCUGAAGAAGUGAAUACAUAAUACUCAUUCCAAGAGCACGGACGUACAACGACGUAAUAGAUGGGACGCGAGUCUAGUUUUACUGAGCUAAGUGAUGAACAAAGGUGUAUUCUCCGGUCACAAUGCUUGCGGACGAUAAUACGCAAAACAGACAUAAUUCCAGCUACUCGUACAUCGGGUCGAAUGACACAUACAAUUUCUUAGAGGACACAAGAUUGAUUUCAUUACUGAACAAAAGAGGUGGAAACCACACUCCUAUAGAAGAAUGGCUAAAGACACUCGAAGAUUUAAGAAACAAAUACAAUAUUUCCGUUAUAAAGGAAUGCGAUCGCUUCGAUUAUUGCUCUGGGGAAUUUCGGGACCUAGUUCUCGCAUACAAUAGUAUACACGGAUACAUCAGUUUAUUAAUCUGCCUAUUUGGCAGCUUGGCCAAUGCACUGAACGUAGCAGUCCUUACACGGAGAGACCUGGCCACUGCACCCAUCAACCGCCUGCUCAAGUGGCUAGCCGUUGCUGAUGUGUUUGUCAUGUUGGAGUACGUGCCCUUCGCUAUUUACAGAUACCUUCUUUUCCCGGGUCAGAUCGAGCGGCCUUACUCGUGGGCGGUGUACAUGCUGUUCCACAUGCAUUUCACGCAAAUCCUGCACACCGCAUCGAUAUUACUCACACUGUCGCUGGCCAUCUGGCGAUAUAUUGCUAUCAAGUACCCGUCCCACGGACCAUCCCUGUGCACAGAAAGUCGCUGCACCAUUGCUAUAAUGAGCAGCUUCCUCCUGCCUCCGAUACUCUGCAUUCCAUCAUAUUUCGUAUUCACAAUACACCAGGACUACGCAUUGGACAACGGCCCGACAAAAGUGUACUACGUUGAUUCAAAUUACGACGGCAGACUCUACCAGAUCAACUUCUGGGUACACGCAGUUGUUAUAAAACUGCUACCAUGCGUGAUUUUGACAGUUAUUAGCGCUUGGUUGAUCCGGGUGUUAUAUCGAGCGAAUAGUCGAAAGAAAGCCCUGAAGGGUUAUAGCGCUUGCCCAGCUAAUACUGUUGUGAAUGGAAACGGGAAUAUUUUUACAAGGAAGUCGACUAAGAGGUCAAAGGCGGAGCGCAGGACGGAUCGGACUACGAGAAUGCUGGUUGCUGUACUGUUGCUGUUCUUGUUGACCGAGUUCCCGCAAGGAAUUUUAGGUCUGAUGAGUGGCGCACUGGGCCGGUGUUUCUUUAAACGCUGCUACGACCUAUUCGGGGAGUUGAUGGAUGCGCUAGCUCUCCUCAACGGGGCGAUCAACUUCGUGCUCUACUGCGCUAUGUCCAAACAGUUCAGGACAACCUUCAGGCAGAUCAUGUGGAACCGCUGCGCGCCAACUCCGCGAGCGAGCUCUCAUACUGAACUGCAGACUACAUAUGUAUGAAACGUACGCAAACCCGUCGGGGUGUUGGUUUAAAACGAUGGACUAUAAAUAAAUAUUUAAUUGUGUUCGUAACUAUAAAGUUACCUAGACCUAAAUUAAGGGAAUUUGCAUAACAUAAACGGUUUAGGUAAUUUAGGAAACGUGAACGAUCUUGAUGUAUGUUUAAAUCUAAAUAUAUUAUAACAAACGUUACAUAAUUAUAUGGAAUAUACGUAUAGGUUUUAAGCCCUUUGAGUAAUGCCGACGAGGUCCCGGUUUAAAACGAUGGACCUUAAUUGACUAGG